GCUCACGUGCUUUCAAAGCUCGAGAUCCCUCAGUUGCUCCAUGGCUCGCAUCUGAUGUCGGUACGGAGGUCUUCGAGCUGGGCAUGCUGCAGUAAAGGUGAACUUGGAUUAAAGGGCAGAUGCCAGCCGAAUGGCAGUGUGGGGCAUAUUCGCUGCCCUUCUGUUGUCACAGCUGGGGGAUGGCCAUGCGUCUAGUCUUGAUUAUGAGACAAUCACUAUGGAAGACACAUGCGACAUUCUUCCGCGUUCCAUCGUCAUCGCUGCCUCUGGGCGCGGCUCGGCACUGCUGAUCACCUCGCACCAAUCCGAUGCUUACAAGUCCGGUCUUACUUGCACUCUCACCGUCAAGACGAAGUCCGGCUACAGGCUAAUCGUUGUCUUCGAGAAGCUGGCAUUUCCAAACUGCUCAGACACACUGUUGAUUAGCAACGUUCAGAACGAUCCAGGACCCAUAUGCAAGUCUCUACCGGAACCGCUGAAGUCCGCGUCGAAUGUGAUAAAUGUUACCUUCAGUACAGGAGGAGCACCGAAGUCAGCGGAUCAAGGAUUCAGCGCCGUUGUUACAUCAUUCAAAGAUGGCUCAUACUGCAGCAUGGGACAACACAAGUGCACCGCUGAUAUCAAAUGCAUUGCAGACAACUUUGUUUGCGACGGCCACAACAACUGUGGUGACAAGAGCGACGAAGUCUGUGAUACCAGUUCCCCAUGGAGUCGAAACCUAGGCCCACUCGUAUUUAUCUUGCCCGUAAUGGUUCUGAUGGCAUUAUGUGUUGCAACACCACUGGUUAUACGGAGCUGCUCGAAACAACCACCAGAGGAAACUGUUCGUGCAUACACCUUUUCUGGGCGCGACGGUCCGCAAAGCUUGAAUCAGAUGCCACCUGGAGCAGCAUCUGGAGCAGCACCUGGUCAGCUUGCUCCUCAGGGAUACCCAGCGUACAGACAACCGACAUUGCAGCAACAACAACGGUUCCCGUCGCACUACUAUCAGCAAGGAAUGCCCGACAAUCGAACGCCAGAACAGCUGCGACCACUGCAGCAAGCUCCCUUGGACACAGGACAGACCAGUGGAGUGCCUUACACGGCGAACAGGCCUAGACUUCCGGCUCCUCCAGAGUUCUUCUUAGAUGCCAAUUAUCCCAGAGCUGGUCCUAUUGUUAUGACUGUGAGCGAGACGGGACAGGACCCCACCCAACGAUCACGGCAAGACCAAACAUUCCAGCGGCCGAGAGAGGAAGGACUAGCCUCUGACCUGUACCAACCGUUCCGUGCAGCAAACGCACAAGUUCCUCAGCUUCGUGCCCGUGCUCCUUUGUACCAACACAGCCACCCUCCACUCAGCCUUUAUGACCAGCCAGACAUGGACAUGUUCCACGGACCGACAUUUUCCAUGGGAGGCAUUGGUGGUAUGGGCGGUAUGGGAGGUGCAAGUGGAGUGGGAGGAGUCGGUGUUAUGGGAGGUGUGGGUGGCUUGGGUGGCAUGGGAGCACCAGGUAUGGGCGGUGGUGUUGCGGGUUUUCACGGAAUCCCACGAUUUCCAACGUUUAUCAUAAUCGAAACAGGUGAAGAUGACUCCAUUGACUCUCAAGACGUAUUUCCAAGAACGUCACCAGGGGCAAUGCAACCCAGCACGACAUCAUCGGGACCAGGUGAUACAGUGUUUCCCACGCUACUUAUUCAGCGUAGAAACAGGGAGGAAGGGCCCGAAAAUUCUUCGGAACAAGACCGUCCCAGGCACAGGCACCGACACAGACGACGCCAUGAACACCAGCAACCAAACACUGAGGAACCGCAGAACGGCGAAGCAGGCGCAACUCUGAAGCCGCGAAAAGAGGGACCUGACGAGCCCCCACAAACAGAUCGGGACCUACCACCUCCUAGCAAGCCAUCACCAACCGAGCUUCCACGUAGUGAAACACCACCUCGUGAGACGACCUCAACUCCGCCACCUGCUAGCGCACAUGUUCCUCCAUCUGCUCCAGUGGUGUCUGCUGGACAACCUCCGCCGUUUGGAGGCACCAACAAAACUGUAAUGAGAAUUGAUACCAUAGCAACCGCUGCUUCGCUGAGAAAUGUAUUUGCUUCACGACCAAGACGCAUUAGCGAGCCCUCGGUGGUAGAAUGUCUGGGCAAAGACAAAGCGAGGAGGGCACGGUCGCAGUGGGACGACUUUGUGGAAGUUCAGGAUUUGAAGAAUGCUGUUUACGAUCUGGCCACCACGUCGACGUACGACUAUGCCAGCGUUUGGUCGAAAACUUCAUCGGAGGGUUCCCAAGUCAUGAACACAAGUAGAUCCGACGAAUCGUUGUCUUUACAUGCGGAGGAGUCAGGAGAGGGAUCAGGUGUCAGUGCGUUUGAGAUCAACAUGUUGAGGUCAGCGACGUCUUUAGAAAAUGUUGCUGUACCUGACGGUUCCCAGUUCGAUGCUGCGCGCUCCACAGACAUUUUGUUGCCACGAUAAUUGUGUUAAGAAACAUUCCAUCGGGUUCGACUCAAUAGACAAGGAGCCGUUGAGUGCACGGUUUAAUAGCUGGUGAUACGAACUUCUUUACUUGGCUUAAUAAAAUUGAGGUGUUA